UGAGCCGUCGCUCAUGAGGCGCGACCGGGCCUUGUCAUGUGACCUAGGUUUCUACUUGGUACUGGGAUGGAGCCGGAAGAGGGGACGCCCUUGUGGCAGCUGCAGAAGCUUCCAGCCGAGCUGGGCCCGCAGCUGCUUCAUAAAAUAAUUGAUGGCAUUUGUGGCCGAGCUUAUCCUCUCUACCAGGAUUAUCACAGUGUUUGGGAUUCGACAGAAUGGAAGAAUGUUCUAGAAGAUAUUACCAAAUUUUUCAAAGCUGUAGUUGGUAAAAAUUUACCUGAUGAAGAGAUAUUUCAGCAGUUGAAUCAGUUGAAUUCAUUUCAUCAAGAAGCUAUCAUGAAAUGCUUGAAAAGUAGGAAAGAGGAAAUCAAGAAGGCUCUGUUAGAAGAAAUAGUUGAUAUUUCUUCUGCACAGCUACAGGAUUUUGACUGGCAGUUGAAGCUUGCACUGUCUAGUGACAAGAUUGCUACGUUACAAAUGCCACUUUUAAACCUUACUCUAGACGUAAAAGAAAAUGGUGAAGUCAAACCAUAUUCUGUCGAAAUGAGUAAAGAAGAGCUGCAGAAUCUAAUAAAUUCCUUGGAAGCAGCUAAUAAGGUGGUCCUGCAGUUGAAAUAACUGGAAAUGAUGAAUACCAACACUAUCAGAUUUCACUGCUACACCUGAUAACAGCCGAGUGAAUACUGUGUGUUCAGAAAACCUGCAAUAUACGGACUCUUACGCUGUGCUGAGAAAGCAACAGUGUUGAGAUUGCAAAGAUAAAAAUUUAUCAGCUUCCCUAAAGAACAGGAAAUGACAUGGUUGACUGGAAAUGCAUAAAAAUGAUAGAUGAAAAAGCUAUAAUAGCAGUUUAUAUUUUCGUAAUGGCUGUUUUGCCCCAUUUAUUAAAUAUUUGAGAAAUCUUUAUAGAUAUACAGUUUUAUUGAAAGUUGAAAAUAGGUUCUAAAGUAAUGUAAACAUACAAAGCACAAAUAUACUUGAAUGUUGCUUAAAGGAAUAUAUGAAUAGCAAGGAUGUGUAUUAUGGAUAUAUAUGAUUAAUUUGUAAUAUUUUAAAAAAUAACUUUUAAAGAAUGUAUAAGCUGCAUAUAUAACUCAGGAGAUUCCAUAUCUUUCUUAUAUUUCAAAGGAAAGAUUAUAAAAUGUAAAUUUCUUAGAGAAAGAAGCUCUUCAGACAUGAACAAGAAAAAGUAAUUAAAAUUGUGUGAACAGUUUUGAGUUUAUGAAUUAUUAAAAUAUUACUAGAAUAGGAAAAAAUGAAAAUAACACUGUUACUUCUGCAUUUCUGUGUCUGAUUGGGAGGGUGUGCUGUGAUAAAGAGAGUAGAUGUCAUUGUAUAGUGUGUAUAUAACUAUUCAAAUAUUAGCUAAUAUUAAAUAUAAGUCCAUUUUUGUUAUAAACCCUUAAUAUUGAAGUUAAUAGUUUUCACUGGAAAACAAGCCAUUUUUAAUUUCAGUUAACUUUAAAAACAAGCAUUCUGGGGGCGCCUGGAUAGCUCAGUCAGUUAAUCAUCCAACUGUUUAUUUCAGCUCAGGUCAUGAUCUCAGUCUGUGGGAUGGAGCCCCCUGCGUUGGGCUCCAUGCUGGCAGUGCGGAGCCUGCUUGGGAUUCUCUCUUUCCCUUUCUCUCUGCCCCUACCUCACUCUUGCGCGCAUGCGCUCUCUCUCUCAAAAUAAAUAUUAAAAAACAACACAAGUGUUCCAAACAAAUAAAAUGACAUUUCAUUUUUACAUAUGGCUUUAUUUCAAAACACUGUCUACAUAAAGCAGUGGCCCAUAAUUGAUCAGAACCUGCUAUCUGCAAGCUUUGUAGCUCAUCAGAG